GUUUUCGUCCCACUUGCACAGUUCCGAUCAAACCACCCGUCUCCUGUCCCCUCCAGCAACCAUGACCCGCGGCGACCAGCGUGAGCGUGACCGCGCCAAGAACCAGGCCAAGAACGCCUCGGCCCAGAAGAAGCAGUCGGGCGAUCCUACGAAGCGGAAGGAGGCUGAUGCUAAGGCGCUCCAGGAGAAGAUUGCUCAGCUCGCCAAGGAGGCCGCCGCCAACGGCGGCGCACCUGCGCCAGUCAAGGCGAAGAAGAAGUAGGCGCUGCAUCUUAGUCUAGCUCUCGUGCGCGAUCGAGCGGCGACAAUGCAAUGCAUAGAUGCCAGAUGCGGUCUGAGACCAGUAUGUCAUGCUCUACUAACU